AGAAGAAUGAUUAUUAUUAUUAGAAGAAGAACUCGGAGUUGAAGAAGAUGGCAGAGAGCGGCUCGAGACCCAGUCCGGCAGAGAGCGGCUCGAGACCCAGUCCGGCAGAGAGCGGCUCGAGACCCAGUCCGGCAGAGAGCGGCUGUGCUCUCACGAAGGUCUCCUCUAAGGACCCGGGUAAGAGGAUCAACAUCGGGUCCGCGUUCCCGAGGUGGAGAGCCCUGCGAGCGGCCACGGGGCUCCAGCUGGACUCGGAGCUGGCUCUGCUGCUGCUGGAUGCCUAUGAAAAGGGUCCUCGGAUGGGAGCGAGGCCUCCUGUGGUCCCAGCGUCGAGUCGUCCGGGAGCCGCUCUGGACGCGAGACCCAAGAUGGCCGACGAGACAUCUCACGGCGUUUCGGAGAAGCUCGGAGCUGAAGCGAUGCAGCUUCCUGCAGAGCUUCACAAAGUCCUGACCGAGGAGGACAUCGUUGGUUCUCGUGCGUCCGUCGUCUACGAGGAGAGCCUCCGUCAGCUGGCCACGCUGCUCCACCUGCCAGUGAAGCGGUGUCGCUACCGGAUGUCCACCGGACUGAUGUGCUUCGGCCUCCCCCCCUUCGAGUGUCUCAUCCAACAGAGGUGUACCGCCUUUGUUGUUGAAUGGGUUUGUCCCCGUGGUCACGUUGUCUGGAGUUGGACCUCACAGCCGACCUUCAAGUUCGGGAUGCUGGCCGGCGACUUCAUGCUCGGGACGAACAUCCUGUUGAGCGGGAACAACUACAGUAAAGUGGCCCUCCUGUUCCGCUUCAUGAACAUGGGGGUCCUCAGUCCAGCCACCUUCUCCAAGAUCCAGGACACCUACUGUGUGGACACCAUCCGGGAGUUCUGGAUGGAGAGGAGGUCUCGGGGCGUUCAGUGGCUGCAGGGCAAAGAUGUGGUGGUCGUAGGAGGCGGAAGGAGCGACUCGGCAGUUUUACAUUCAGAUGUACGAAAAGUGAUCGUUGUUAAAGAAGAGCAGCAGGACUGGAGCUUCAGUCUGGACCAGGAGGACCCAGACCCCCCACACAUUAAAGAGGACCAGGAGGACCCAGACCCCCCACACAUUAAAGAGGACCAGGAGGACCCAGACCCCCCACACAUUAAAGGGGACCAGGAGGACCCAGACCCCCCACACAUUAAAGGGGACCAGGAGGACCCAGAGCCCCCACACAUUAAAGAGGACCAGGAGGACCCAGAGCCCCCACACAUUAAAGAGGACCAGGAGGACCUAGAGCCCCCACACAUUAAAGGGGACCAGGAGGAACUCUGGACCAGUCAGGAGGGAGAGCAGCUUCAAGGUCUGGAGGAGGCUGGUAUCAGGUUCUCAUUCACUGCUGUGAAGAGUGAAGAUGAUGAAGAGGAAGCUCAGUCCUCUCAUCUUCAUCAAAGACUAACUGAACACAUGGAAACAGAAGCUGAUGGAGAGGACUGUGGAGGACCAGAACUAGACAGGAACCCAGAUCCAGAUAGACCUUUACAACUAGCCAUUAUUGACAAAGUUUCACAAAGUAACAAACAAGAAACUGAUGAUGAUGAUGAUGAUGGCGACUGGAAGGAGACCAGCAAACCUCAGUCAGGUUUAAACUCUCUGAACAAUGAUGACAUUUCAGUCAGUAACUCAAGGUGUAGAGCUGGAGAGAAACCUUUUGGCUGCUCUGAGUGUGGGAAAAGAUUUGGAACCAAGACGUAUUUAAAGAUUCAUGUGAGAACUCAUACUGGGGAGAAACCGUUCAGCUGCUUGUCGUGUGGUAAAGGAUUCACGCGGAAGGUGUUGUUGCAGUUACACAUUAAAUCUCACACGGGAGAGAAACCAUUCAACUGCUCAGUUUGUGGUAAAGGUUUCACACAAGCAGGAAGUCUGACACGCCACAUGCCACUCCACACGGGGGAGAAAAGAUUCAGCUGCAGUGUUUGUAAAAGAAGAUUCACCUGGUACACCAGCCUCAAAACACACAGAUGUGUCGGUCAUCGGUCCUCACAGCUUCAUCACACUGAGGAGAACCGAGAGGCAGAACCUCCAGCCAGCAGCUCAACUGAACACAUGGAAACAGAAGCUGAUGGAGAGGACUGUGGAGGACCAGAACCAGACAGGAACUCAGAUCCUGAGAGACAUCCAGAACCAGAUGCUGUUGUCAAGACUGGAGACUCUUCAGAGACUGAUGACAGUGAUGAUGAGUGGAAGAAGACCAGAGAAUCUCAGUCAGGUUCAAACUCUCCGAAUGAGUCUGUCAGCGACUCCAGAUGUGGUACUUGUGAGAAACCAUUUAGCUGCUCUCACUGUGGGAAAAGAUUUGGCUUCAAGGCACAUCUGAAGAGACACAUGAGAUCUCAUACAGGAGAGAAACCAUUCAGCUGCUUAUUCUGUAAGAAAUCGUUUGCACAAAGUGAUAGUCUCCAGAAACACAUGAGAAUCCACACAGGAGAGAAACCAUACAGCUGCUCACUGUGCGGUAAAGCUUUCAGUGAAAAUGGAAAUCUGAAAGUACACAUGAGAUCUCACACAGGAGAGAAACCCUUCAGCUGCUCAGUUUGUAAUAAAUCUUUCACAAAGAGUGAUAGUUUACAGAAACACAUGAGGAUCCACACUGGAGAGAAACCAUUCAGCUGUUCUGUGUGUGGGAAAUCCUUCAGUGAAAGUGGAAAUCUGAAGAGACACAUGCGACUCCACACACAGAAACCUUCCAGCUUCAGUACUUGUGAAGGAAGAUGAAUAUUCACUUGGUUUUAUCAGCCCAGAAACGUUCAGUCUGUUCGUCGUCGGCUUAGAUCCAACGAGAUGUCUAGAACCUGGUCCUCAUGACAAGUCUGCAGACUCUUCUGAUGCCUGGAAGAAAACCAGAGAUACUAUCGACUUCCUGUUAGUGACACAACAGGAAGCAAUGGACCAGAAUGAGGUUUAAACCAGAAGUCCUGUUUGAAAAAACACAUGAAUCUGUAUAUUUACAUUAAAUGGAGAAUCAGAAGAAUUGAACAUUAAAAACUAUGACGUAUAAAAUAUUUUUCUUUCAAAAGAUAUUUCAUUUUAAUGCAUUUCCUACUGACGCUAUUUAAAAAUGGACAUUUUAAUUAAAUGAGAAAAGUUUUUGUAUUAGAACUCUGUUUCAUGAAUGACAGACAAACAUUGUGAUUGUUGUAUUUUCAUUAAAGGAAUUACAUUUUA